AGUGUCAGGACCAGUAUGGAGGCCACCCUGCUCAGCCUCGCCGCGUUCUGCCUCUUCGGUGUCCAGGCCGACGUGGAAGUGGAUCCAAAUUUCGACCUUAAAAGGUUUGCAGGGAAGUGGCACGUCCCGGCACUCGCCUCCACCGACCCGAUGCUUCAGAGCCUGAAGGACAUCAUCACGACACCGGCAGCCCGGAUCGUCGCCUUACCAAAUGGCAACCUGGAAAUCGAAACAUACUACCUAUUGGGAGAACAUUGCGAAGGGAUGAAAGGGACUUACGUGAAGACGGAGCAGCCCGGACACUUCACCUCAAGUGACGAGAAGGGCAAGAAGGACCUGCGGGUGCUGGCCAGCAAUGCCAACUUCGCCAUCGUCUACGUCCAGUGGAAGAUGAACGGGAUGCCCCCCAGCAGGAGUCUCCAGUUUUACAGCAAAGACCCCAAAGGAACGGAGAACCUGGACAAAUUCAAGGCCUAUUGCCAGAAGAUGGGGCUCAUGGGCGAACUGGUGGUUCCACCCUUGUCCGAUAAAUGUUUCCAGCAAAUCAGUGGCUGAAGAGAACCAGCCAAAGACCCUCCUUUCGCCAAGAUACUUCAUCCCGGAAGCCAUGAUUGCUGGUC